AUGGCCGUCAGAUACGAAUCCACCGACGACUAUGAAGAGUUCAUUCUCUUCGUUGAGGUCGACAAUGACUUUUCUGAAAUGAACGAGAAACUUCUAGAUGGAAAAGUGGAGGGUUGUUUUGUUUCCUCUCCGCCGCCUGCUGACCAGAAGUUGUUGCUGUUAGCAAAGGAUCUCUACACAUUCCGCCUGUGCAAUGCGUUUGGGACGUAUUUGUUUUUCGAAGAACAAAAAGCACUGCACAAGUUACACUUUCUGGGCAAGGCGAACUCUCGUCUAAUUAUCCUCGACAGGGCGUAUGUCGCGCAAAAGGAUAGCAUAGUAACUUAG